GGUGUCAUCUCUAACCCCGGGCACUCAUUCCACCGCAGCAACAGGCCGCAAACGUCGCGUAUCCCUUCUGCGAACGCGAUAGUUUCCUUUCUAUUUCCCUACCUUUCUUCUUCUUCUUCAUUUUGUGCAACAAAUUCACCGCGAUCCACCCACCAAGGGGAGGAACUUGACAUAUUCGGAGACCAUCGAGAAAAAUUUUCGAUAGUCAUAGCAACUACACUUGCGACAUGAAGAGCUCGUUAACAUCGUUGUAUGUGCUGUCCUUCAUCUGCAACUGGGCGCUGGUUUCUUCCUCCAUAUUAACCCCCAUGAAGGCUGAUGGAAGUUUGAGGAUCUUCAAGGAUGGGCCCAAUGACUUCGAAUACGUGCUGAAGAGGCAUGACGUCGAUAGAAGUUCGGAAGAUCCUGAUUCAAAAGAACGACGAAGCAGCAUGGGGUCCUCUUUCAUUAGAUACGGCCGCAGCGAUCUGGACGGAAAUAUAGAGAGAGUUUCCAGCAGCGAUGGCGAUGGUAGCUCAAAGGUGAACAGGUAUCCUCGUUUCAAGUCACCAGAUAUCAUCAUUAGGUUUGGCCGAUCGGGCUUCAAGAACCUGAACGAUGACACACAUUACAGACACGGAAGAAAUAACUUGAAUUUUCUCAGAUACGGCCGGAACGUGCAGGUUUAUCCUCUAGAAAUCGACAUGACUGCGAUGUGCUCCGAUCUACUAUCAAAUGACGAGAUUAACGAUCUUCAUCCGUACGAGGCGAGAUUGCUUCGUCUGUGUAACAUUUUGAACAACAGCGAUAUAGAACAUAGAAACAGUCCGGACUUCUUAGAAGACCGGCUCGGUUCGAAACACAAUUAAAUAUGCUCUUGUAAUCGAUCCAUCGCGCCUAUUCAUCGGAAUUCGUGCCAAGACCCGCCGUCAACAGCUCACUUUCGGGACACUGCACCGCAAUCGAUCCCGAAAUUCCGAUGGACAACGUUGUUAUCGGCCGAUCCAUACUCAGUUAUGACUUGACGAAGACCUGUUACAUCUUUCUUCGAGCUUUUAGCCUUGCAAAUGAUUUUAUGGAGCCGGUUGAUGCUUUUGUCUUGGUCUUUCAGGUAAAACUGCGCUUAAUAGUAUUAGACAAUUACAAAUACAUCGGCAACGAAUUCUACGUCAUAUUAUUCGUUUGUUAGAAGACAAUUUAUGGAUAUUUAUUACUUACUUUACAAAAUCUUAUAUUUUCAAAUCUGUAAGAUUAUUCUCUUCCUCAAUUGUUUCAUAUUAAAACAUUUUUCUUCAGACAUCAAGUGACAUAAUUGUCAGAAACAAAAAUGGAUUUAUCAUAUUUUUCAAUUUUUCUUAUGGAUCGAUUUUAACAUUUUUACUGUGCUAUUUGGUUUUCACGGAGAUAUUUCAGUAAGUUCCUUGAAUUUUGUAAAGAUUCGAGAAGAUUUGUGGAUCGUUGUGCGAUCAUAUGUAAAUAAUGCUGUUUGAUAUUAUUUCUGUUAACGCAUUAUUAAAUUUUUUAAUGGCCAUAAUAUGGCCCCUUUUGCAUAAUUUAUUAAUUAGUAGUAGUGAACUGACGAAUGACAAGUUGUGAGUUAUAGAUUUCUUCUUUAUAAAUGUACAAUUUUACAUUAAAUAGAUUAAUCGAAUGAUUUACAUGUUAUUUGUUAUAUAUGUUUUUUAUAUAAAUUCAUUUGUAAAAUUCCAUUUGCUUUGCUAUCAAACUUGGCCCAAUUAUGUAAGAAAGUCAAUUGCUAACCUGUAACUGCUAAUCUGUAACUUGUGAAUUAUAAAAUUUCAUUAAUAAUGUUAUUCAAUUGCGCACAAGAGAGUUCAGUCAAUAAUUCUAAAAAAAGAAGAACUGUUUGUGUUGAGGUUAUGUAACCACUUCAACAGUUUGUAUUCACUUGAAUCGAUAAUAUUUAAUUAUGAAUGAUACGAAACAUGAUACAUGGAAGCAGUGAUUAUUACAAGUAACAAUUUUAUAAUUCAUUUUUAAUGAAUAAAUUUUGCCGUUUGAAGAGAUAAGCGUGAUAAUAAACGGAAGAUAAACACAGUUAUAUGAAUCACUAUAGUAGAAAUUUGGUGUAUCAAUUUAUGCGAUAAUCUAUAACGAUCUACCUCACUAAUUACUUUUCACAAAUUAAUUUCUAUUUUAUCAGUAGUAAAAAAUACUUUCCUACGAUCUUUUCAGAAUUUUAUGUCGUCGCUAAUUAGUCUAAUUAUUGAUUUAUGCCUUCGUAGAUAAUUGUAUAACCUUAAAUGAUUUCUGUUCAUAAAGAUCUAUUUGUUCGAUUAACAAAAAGGCCGACGAAUAACGUUGUACCAUAACGUUCCUUCUGGGUACUUUAAUGUACAUCCACCUGCGUAUUCAGUGUAAAUAAAGAAAAUUUCAUUGGCUUCGUAUACGUGAAUCGAGAGUCCACGAGAUUAGUCCAAAGAGAAAAGAGAUGAAAUAAAACUUGAACGUUUCUGCGUUGCAACAAUCGUCUUCAUUGUCUAUAACAAAACUAAAUCGUCAUUCCAUUGUUAGAUUGUCGAGUACCUGAAAAAAUUUUGGCUAAGUCCUAACAACCUAGCAACAAAGAUUUAUUUUAAAAUAAUAUAUUCGUUUCUUGCACAGAGUAAAGUGCAACAAACCGAACUUUUUUAAUAUAGUUAAAUUUAAUUUUCUAAAAUUAUUUUAAAUUGAUUCAAAUCAUUAUUUAUAAAUUUUCGAAAAACCAAUCGAGUUUACUUAUUGCUAGCAAACUUUUCAUUUAUUUUUUCAACAUAAAUACAUAAAAAACGCAUUACCUAUGGGAUGACCUAAUAAUAUUUACAAAUUAAUUUCGUAUUUGAGAUGAAAUGAAAAGUUGCCAAAUUGAAAUAGAGAAUUCUUACCUUGUGAAACUAGAAAUAAUUGUGUCGCGACUAUAAUAAUUUUCCUUUUUCUUUUUUUAUUAGCAGAACAUAUUUUGUUAUCUCUUUUUAGAGUUUUAUGGACCUAGUUAUUAUUUUCUGGAGUAUUCUACAAUUUGAAUAGGAACUAGUAUUAUGUUACUGUACAUUGUCUGUAACCUGAACGUUAUUCUUAAAGUGAAUGUAAAUUUAAUACACGCGUAUAAUUAAAUAAUUAAAGGGACAAAAAAAGUGACUGGAAA